UACACAGAACCCUUGCCCUGCAUCUGAAACCCUCCCCUUGCAUUUGAUUUCGCCUCCUCCUUCUCCCUUUCACAGUUUUUCCCAAAUAUUCUCUAAAAUGGGAGAGGAAAAACCAAAGCCAAUCGCCGGCGUUUGGCCCACCGUUAAACCAUUCGUCAAUGGCGGAGCUUCUGGUAUGCUUGCUACCUGUGUCAUCCAACCCAUCGAUAUGAUAAAGGUGAGAAUCCAAUUGGGUCAAGGAUCUGCUGUAUCAGUGACAAAGAACAUGCUUAAAAAUGAUGGUGUUGGUGCUUUUUACAAGGGUUUGUCUGCAGGUUUACUAAGACAAGCCACAUACACAACUGCAAGACUUGGCACAUUCAGGAUUCUGACAAACAAGGCACUUGAGGCAAACGAAGGAAAGCCACUUCCUUUAUACCAAAAAGCCUUAUGUGGACUGACAGCUGGCGCGAUUGGAGCAUGUGUAGGGAGCCCAGCUGACCUGGCACUGAUCCGAAUGCAGGCUGAUGCCACUCUACCCCUUGCACAAAGGCGUAAUUACACAAACGCCUUUCAUGCUUUAUACAGAAUCACAGCAGAUGAAGGAGUUUUAGCUCUUUGGAAAGGUGCGGGUCCCACUGUUGUAAGAGCAAUGGCAUUGAACAUGGGAAUGCUUGCUUCUUAUGAUCAAAGUGUUGAGUUUUUCAAAGAUAAUCUUGGAUUUGGUGAAGGUGCCACAAUUCUAGGGGCUAGUUCUGUAUCAGGGUUUUUUGCUGCAGCUUGUAGUUUGCCUUUUGAUUAUGUGAAAACUCAAAUUCAGAAAAUGCAGCCUAAUGCAGAAGGGAAAUACCCUUAUACUGGAUCUUUAGAUUGUGCUAUGAAAACCCUAAAAGCUGGAGGACCUUUCAAAUUCUACACUGGAUUUCCUGUUUAUUGUGUUAGGAUUGCUCCUCAUGUUAUGAUGACAUGGAUUUUCCUAAAUCAAAUUCAAAAACUAGAGAAGAAAGCGGGAUUAUAAAUUUAUAAUCGAAGAAGUGAAAGCACUCUAUAUCCGAAAUAACAGUGUUGUACUCGUUACAGGUUUUUUUUUUUGUUGUUGUUGCUCAAUUAGCAUUGCUAAGUAUUAUUAAAUCAGAAAUAUUUCGAUUUCCUAAUUAUUAUAAAAAUCAUUAAUGUUGUACUUCCUUUAUAAUAAUCACAAACUUCUAGGCUAGGAUUGAUUUCAUAUUUUAACAUUUUGAUAUAUUUUUUUUCUUCGCUAUUUAAUAAUUCUUGAGCUUACGUGUGCCACCUGCCUCGUGUCCUUGUGAGAGCGCCUGUUCCAUUCCGUUCAAAUGUGCUUUUGCCAACUUCUUUUUCGUUUCCUCACCGGGAGGGCAUCCGCCAGGGCUAUCGGGGCAUUGUUCACAAUUAAGAACACAAAAAAAGUAGCAUUCGAUUUCUUGUGCCUCGGUGUUCCGCUUCAUGCAUUGGCUUGGGCAUUCGCGCAUGCAUAUUGUUUCCCCUUGUGCCUUGUGGCUCAAGCAAGCCAACAACAUUAGUGCAAUAAAACUUAAGUUUUUCAUUUUUAUAUCCAUCUAUCAAAAAAAACUAUCUAUGGUUUCAAAAUCAGGAAGAGGGUUGGAAGGGGUCAUUUGGGCUUUUGAUUCAUUUCUUUUCCUAAGGGUUGUUUUUGUUAAUAAGAGAGCCUGUUUGUAGUUGGGGUUGGUGUUUCUAUAUUUAGAAUUGUUUGAUUUCCAUCUUUCUUUGUAGACCUCUCAAAUCAUUGUCUUGGAUGGCGAUUCUAUGAAUUGUUUCCAAAUAUAGAAAGAAGGCAAAAAGGUUGGUUAUUUUGAACAAAUAUAAUUUAUAUACCACCUAAUAUUUGUACUUUUUUUUAUUCAAAGCUCUUCU